CUGACAGUGCCUUUUUAAGUCUGGGGGAGCGGGAGGUUGGUCUUCUUUUUCACCCUUCUCCUGUUCGGCGUGUAUCGUUUAUUCCCAUGGAAUAGCCAAGAGUUUGUAAAUAUAUUUAUUCAUUUUUGUAACUUUGAAGACAUUCAAUUCAUCUCCUAAAAAUGGAAACAAUCUUCAGCCUAGGGAAAGUAAUUUUUCUGUUUUGCUUUGUAGCCGUUUUAUCUUCUGAACUUGAGAAGCAGGGUCUUUUCAAAGAUGACACCAUUUCUGAGCUCCUGGAGGAUGAGAAUGGCACUGUAAUUGACGAUACCUCUGUUAAGUUUCGUUUGAAGACCACCCAUGAGAGUCAUGGGUGCUUGCUCAGCCUGGGCCAGCGAGAUUGUCUUGACGAGUGUGGCUUCAAUGCAACAGCAAAGACGUUCUUGGUGGUUCAUGGCUGGACUAUUAGUGGACUGUUGCCAGAGUGGUUUGAAAAAUUGGUGUUUGCUCUACAGCAGCGUGAGAGAGAUGCCAAUGUUGUGACCGUAGACUGGCUUGUCCUUGCCCAUCAGCACUACCCCAAUGCAGUCAACAACACCAAAGCUGUCGGAAGCACUAUUGCUCAUUUUCUUGACUGGUUACAGGUGGAACUCAAUAUUUCUCUUCAGAACAUUCACAUCAUUGGCUACAGUCUAGGAGCCCAUGUUGCAGGCUUUGCUGGCAAUUAUGUGAAUGGGACCAUUGGACGAAUAACUGGUCUUGACCCAGCAGGACCCAUGUUUGAAGGAGUUGAAGAUCACAAGCGCUUAUCUCCAGACGAUGCAAACUUUGUAGAUGUACUGCAUACUUACACACGUGAGGCUCUGGGUGUCAGCAUUGGUAUCCAGCAGCCCAUUGGCCAUAUUGACAUUUACCCAAAUGGUGGAGAUAUUCAGCCUGGUUGUGGCUUAACAGAAAUGCUGACCACCAUUUCAGCAGGAGCAUUUGGGGAGGUGGUGCAAUGUGAGCACGAGCGAUCAGUCUUCCUGUUUGUUGACUCCCUUCUUCACAAAGACCAUGAGAGCAUUGCUUAUGAAUGUACAGACCCUGGGCGGUUCAAGAAGGGAAUCUGCUUGAGCUGCCGAAAGAACCGGUGUGGUAAACUGGGAUACAAUGUUAAGAAACGAGCACGUAGGAACAGCAAGAUGUACCUUAAAACACGGGCCGACAUGCCUUAUGCAGGGUAUCACUACCAGAUGAAGAUGCAUGUAUUCAGCAAAGUCGACAUGGAAGAUAAAGACCCAUCACUCUUUGUUAAACUUAGUGGCUCCUUCGAUGAAUCGGAAAAUAUUGCAGUUCAGCUUCCAGACAGCCUUGGUUUGAACUACACCAACUCUUUCUUGGUCUUCACUGACCUGGACCUUGGAGAGCUACGUGAGAUCAAAUUAACAUGGGAGGGCACUUCUUGGUCUUGGUCUUCCAUGUGGAAGACCAUGAGGACUUUAUUUUAUGAAGACCCAAACAAGAACGGAGUCCUUGAAGUCCGACGCAUUAGAGUGAAAGCUGGAGAAACUCAGAAAAAGUAUGUUUUCUGUGCCAAAGAGCCAUCUGAAACGCACAUCACUCCAGGGAGCGAGCUCACAUUUGUAAAAUGUGCUGAUGGCUGGGAACCGAAGCAUCGGAAAAGGCAAUACAUCUAAUCUGAAGGACGAUGCACUUUUUGGGCGCAACUGAGCCAAGACUAAGUGGAUGUUUCUCCUGUCCCAACACUUCCGUGUCUUUAGUUUACCAUUCUGAGGGAUGAAACCAGGAGAUAAUGUCCACCCAGUUCCAUGGGAUGUCUCAUGAGCUGUGGAGAUUAACUUCAUAAAAGGCACUUAUCACUCUUGAACCAAUGUACUGUGUAUAUAUUGCAUUUUUAUGGUCAAGUGUUCAUAAACCACAAUUAUACUUAA